AUGCAGUGGCAAGUGUGGACAUCAUUGCGGUUGGAUCAGGAUCACGAUCUAGUUGCCAGUGUGGACGACAGGCCCUGCCAUAUAGGGAGCAAAGUGUCUGUCCGUUGUGGGGGUGACUUCUUCUAUGAUGGAUCUGGUCAGGACUGUUCAGGUGACCUUCUUCUAGUUGCUGGAGGCGUUGGAAUUACUCCAAUAGCAUCAAUUGCAAGGCAUGCUGUAGAUUUACAGGAGAAAUUGAAAAAACAAAAUAAACGGUCUUCUUCAAAGAAAGUUGUAUUGCUUUACAGCGCAGUAGAAACCGGAGAAUUUCUAUUUGAGAAUCAUUUCCGUUCUCUAUCAGUCAAGAAUUCAUACUUUCAAGUCUUCUUCUAUAUUACUGGACAAGAACGCUAUAGCACCAGUGUGCCACAAGGCUACCAAUUUGGGCGGAUAAAUAGCCACGUGCUCCAUGAGAAGAUACAAUCACUUGAUAGAAGGCGUCUUCUCUGCUAUGUAUGUGGUCCUCCACCAAUGAGUGAGAGUGUUUGCAAGAUGCUUGAACACACAGGAAUAGAUGAAUCACAAAUAUUAUAUGAGAAGUGGUGGUAGCUAUUUGAAAAAUGGUUAAGUCCAUUCCUGAAUUAAUCAAUAGAGAGGCACAUGACAGUGCUAAACCCUC